UUGCUUCUUGUCCCUUACCAUCACUUGUCCUCUUCCCCCUCUUCCGUUGUCUGAGUUGUGAGCGCUAUGGCCGAGCACACCUACGAGUUCAAUGUCAAGAUGACCUGCAGCGGCUGCUCAGGCGCGAUCACCCGUGUCCUCGAGAAGGCGAAGGGUAACGGUGUCAACGACUACUCUGUCAGCCUCGACACGCAGGAGGUCAUCGUCAAGGGCACCCUCCCCUACGAGGAUGUCUAUGCGAAGAUCCAGAAGACGGGCAAGGAGAUCAUCAGUGGCAAGACGGUCGCGUAGCGAUGAGGUUGUCCGCGCGCGGCAGAUCGGAGCUCCGUCCACCCCUGGCAUUCACGUCUAUAUCGUCCUAUCUAUCGCUGUCCGCAUCUUUAUCCUAGGUAAUUUAUGGAUGGAUUCAACUGCUCUGCUGCCUGCAUUGGGCACAA